AUGGCACAAGAAAACAAAGAGACUUUAGAACAGCAGGUGCUCGAGCUUACAAAACAACUUGAAGCUAGCAGCACAGCCAAUAAAGCCACAGCACAGAUCCUACUCCAAAGAGCACAGGUGUACGAGCUCUUAGAUCAGAUUGACAAAGCAACUGAAGAUGUACAAAUUGCUCUCAAACGCGAUGCCCAGGUAAAAGCAGAGGCAACAGAACUCCUGUCUCGAUUCAACACGCACAAACAACAACAGCCAUCAGCAACAACAUCAGCAGUAGAAGAAGAGGAUCCUCGAGUGGCAUCCUUUCAAAAGCAUCUAGCCAGUCUCGAGAAAUCACAGGAUAGCGCCAGCAUUCGACAGUUUGUCAGCUCCAACGAUUUCGUGCUUGUUUUGACAGCUUGUGGCACACCUGAUACCCCACCUCGUAUCAAGAGUCUGUCCUUUAUGAUUCUUACUCGACUCUUCAACCCACAAGACGAACCCAAAUCAUACCCUAUGACCUAUAUUAUCGAGCAAUGUGCUGCUUGUUUUUCGCAUUGCGUGGACCAAGGCAAAAACGAGACCAAACUACUCGCCUAUCGCACCUUGACAGCCAUUUUCCAGACCAGUAUGACAGUAGGAUCCGCUAUUUUAUGCCAGGAAGGUACAAUCGAGGAGAUGAUGGAUGUAGUCGAAUUUGAGACGGUGCCUGUGCAGCUGGCCAUCGCGGAAGUAUUGACUAUCGCCUCUUCUGACAAGACAUGUCGCAAGCAAAUCAUGAAAUACGCUGUACAUUGGCUGGCGAAGAUGGCAGGUCAGUCCAAGACAGAUCCCCGGUUGAAAGCGACUGCUGGUACUGCAUUGACGAAACUGCGUGCUCAAUCGGAUCUACCCACGGACGAUGGUGCCAGCACCGCUGCUUCCAAUGUCACUGAAGCCACACCCUCUUUGGAAGACGCUAUGCGAAAAAUGAGCCUCACCAACGACACACUGAUCAACUCACUCAAAGAUAUCAUCAAGUCGAAAUCAUCCGACGCGUCACUGGUACUGAACGCAGUAGAGGGAUUAGCUUAUGCUUGCUUAAAGCCAGAUGUCAAGUCAUCCUUGGGCGAUGAUGAAGAAUUCCUCAAAUGCCUCUCUACAUUGACGAUCAGCACAGCAAGACAGGACACUGCCAGCUCCAACCCUCUGUUGUUUGGUAUUGGCACCAUCCUUGUCAAUAUCACCAUGUAUCGGCCAGUGAUGGAUGACCAUCAAAAGCAGAUGAAGAAAUUGAGGGAUUUAGCCAAUGCCAAGCAACGACAAGCAGCAGGAGCAGCAGCACAACAAGAAGAGAAAGAGGAUCCUAGAGAGGAUGACAAAGCAGUGGAGGAGCGCAUCAAGAAGGCCGUCAAGCAAGGUGCUGCUAUGGCUCUCAUGGUGUUAUCCAAGAACAGCAGUGUCAAUAUCCGUGCUGUUGCCGCACAGACCUACCUCAAUUUAGUGACACCACAAGCAACACGAGGUCAACUGUUACAGCAAGGCAUUGUCAAGGGCCUACUACCACUGUCUCGUGACACCAACAGUGGCAUCAUUGCCUCUCAAGCCUUGGCCAAGCUGGCCAUCACAACCGACCCACGCAUUGCUUUUGUAGGAGACACCAUCUUGGACCUUGUUCGACCCUUCUUGGCCCUGUGCAAAGACAAUGCUCAAUUACGGCAAUUUGAGGGGCUGAUGGCAUUGACCAAUCUCGCCUCUGUGGAUGAUCGUGUGCGUCAAUUAAUUGAGCACGCAGAUGGCAUGUCUGUAUUUGAGAAUCUGCAGCUAUCCAAUAACGAUAUGGUACAACGUGCGGCUACAGAGAUGGUGUGCAACAUGACGUUCUGUGAUCCCGUGUUUGAGCGAUACAGCGAUCCUUCUAAAUCACAAAAUAGAAUUCGAUUAUUGAUGAUUCUGUCAGAUCACGAAGAUCCUGCUACACGACGUGCUGCUUCAGGCGCAUUGGCCAUUUUAGCCAAUAGUCCCGGCACGUGUGCGAUGAUACUCAAAGUGGAUAAAUGCUAUGAACGAAUGGCGCGAUGGCUCUCAAUGGAAGAAACAGUGGAUGUGCAGCAUCGAGGCAUUGAAGUGCUGCGUUGUUUGAUUGAGCACAAGGGGAAGCCUGUCGUGGAUGAGCUUGUCAAGGUGGAUGCGGAUAGGAUGUUGAUGGCGCUUGUCAAGCAGUGCCAGGUGCAGCAAGUGCGCUCUGCCUCUAUGGAGGUGCUCAAGAUGUUUGUGCAAAACGGCGUUCAGUUAAAGGCAUGA